AAUGGGAUUAUUAUUGAAAAUACAGCCUCAUGAUUUUGAAAUUUAUUAUUCAAUCAAUAAAAUACUAUAAUCUAACUACAUAAUGAAAUGAUAAACAUAUACACAGAUACCAAUUUAAUCAGCAAGUUAUCUUCUUAUUUUUGUUAAUAGUGAUAAGGUGAUAAACGAUAAAAGUAUUAUUUAUUAAUAUACAGAGUUUUUAAGUUCAACUUGAUGAUAAUUAAUAAAAGCAGAAUGAUUUUCAAAGUAGCUGUGACGAGUGGAAAGCUAGCUAAUGCAGCAACAUUCAUAAGUAGAUACAGUAAACUAAGAUGCAUGUCUUCAGCCAUGGAGAGAAAUAGCAAUUUCUUUUUUAGGCAGUUAUUCGACACUGAAAGUAGCACCUACACUUAUCUCCUCGGAGACACAAAGACAUGUGAAGCAGUACUAAUAGACCCGGUUAUUGAGCAUGCAGAGAGAGACGCAAACCUCAUCAAGGAAUUAGGCUUUAAACUUACAUAUGCAAUGAACACACACAUGCACGCAGACCAUAUAACAGGUACGGGACGAUUAAAAUCGCUCUUACCGGGAACAAAAAGUGUGAUCGGCAAAGCUUCAGGGGCACAAGCUAAUGUUCACUUGGAAGACGGUGAAAUGGUGCGAUUUGGUAAUCAUCAGUUGUUGGCGGCAUCUACACCGGGACAUACUAAUGGAUGUUUGACUUAUAUUUGUCGGGAACAGUGCAUAGCAUUUACUGGUGAUGCAGUACUAAUAAGGGGAUGCGGUCGAACAGACUUCCAAGAGGGUAGUUCAGAAACAUUGUACAAAUCGGUACACGAAAAGAUAUUCACAUUGCCCGACCAUUUCACACUUUACCCGGCGCACGAUUACAAAGGACAAACAGCAACUACGGUGGGCGAAGAGAAGAAAUACAAUCCGAGAUUGACGAAAUCUUUGGAGGAGUUUGUUAAGAUCAUGGACAAUUUGAAUUUGCCGUAUCCAAAGAAAAUUGAUCAAGCGAUACCUGCAAAUAAAGUAUGUGGGUUAUACUAGACAAUAAUAUGUCGUGAGCGAGAAACAUUUUAGAGAAAUAUUUUUAUAAUCAAAAGAUGUACUUACAGUAUAUAAUAAAUUUAAUGUAUAAUAAUUUAUAUUAUCCAUCAAUUUGUAUAUAAAUGAGCAAUUCAAAUAUUUGUAUUAAUAAUUAUUAUCAAAUAAAUAUUUAUGUAAGCUCAAAUAAGUCGUAAGUGUAAUUAAUUAGAUGUUGUUACAAUAUAUAGUUAUUUGAAUGUUAUUCAUAUUUUUUGUAAUAAAUUUUAUGAAAAUAUGUUAUA